AGCUCUGCCUGUUAAAGUUACCUUCUCAUAACGUUGGUUGUGGCAUAAAUGCAUGUAAAGGCCCAGCUUUGUGUUAUUCCGAGGACUUUCUUAUAUAAUAUCGCUAAUAAAUUAAAGGCAAACGCAGAUAAAGGAUUCAGAUAUAGUGAAUCCCAUUGAGAAAUUGGUCAAAUAGCGCAAUGAACAUGGAUUGUACUCUCAUAGAAAAUUGUUUCAAGACUGUAAAUCAUUGUGAAAACCUCCGAUAUUUACCUUAAUGACAAGAACAGUUCGUCUAUUUCAUGGGCCCAAAGAAGAAAGUCACCGUUUCAAGUAAAUUAUGUCGUUAUUUGUCACUCUUUUUUAAGAAGCUUGUGAACUUCCUCACAAUGCGACGACUUUUAACCAGAGUCAUAAACCGAGUUUUGCUGUCUGAGCUCUUCACGCCAGCGAUGGUCAUUGACGCAGAAAUGCACACGCAAGGCCGCCGAAGGCUGGUGGUGGGGCUGGGUAACCCGGGGAUGGAGGGUACCAGACACAGCGUCGGCAUGGCGGUGCUCGGCGCGCUCGCCACCCGGCUUGGCGUGGCUGACCGUUGGCGCGGCGACAAGCACGUGUCGGGUGAGGUCAUCGUGUCAGAGGUACAACACACACAUGUGGUGCUGCUCCGUCCCAGGCUGCUGAUGAACGUCAACGGAGUGUCAGUGGCCAAAGCAGCUGGUAAAUAUGGCAUCAAGCCAGAAGACAUCCUGCUGGUCCACGAUGAACUGGACAAACCUCUGGGGAAAAUCUCCAUCAAACAUGGAGGAAGUGCUAGAGGUCACAAUGGAGUCCGCUCCUGUGUGGACUGUCUUCAGACAGAUGUGAUGACCAGACUUCGGGUCGGGAUCGGCCGGCCGAAAGAGAAAACAUCGGUGGAGCGUCACGUGCUGGGCCGCUUCUCCUCAGAGGAGCAGAAGGCUCUGGACUCUGUUCUGGUCCAGAGCGUGGACCUCCUCCUCUCCCAGCUCUCGCAGCAAGACUCCCAACAGGAUCCACAGUCUUCCUCCUCCCUACCAGCAGGGGGCAGACACGCAGCACAGAAGAGGAAGGAGAGGGCGCACUCGAUCCUUCCACCUGAGGACUCUGCUGCUGCUCAGAGCUGAAGCUCAAAGUUUCUGAACUCAAAAAGAAGGAGAAAACUGAACCUUUUACAGAGAGACAAUCGUAAUUAAGACUGUAUUUAUUCUCUGGUGUGAGUUAAAUGAGUUAAAGGAGAUGCACAUUUCUACAGAGCACGAUGCUCAAAACUCAGGAGCAGAGUAACCACACAAUCCUGUGUGAAUUUAUUUGAAAAAGAUCGUUUUACUCAAUCAGAGUCAUAAAUGACCAACAUGAGUUGCCAGUCUGAACAGUUCUGAUCACUACCGUUUGUCUGAUGGUUGAGAUUGAUCCCUCAAAAAACGAGUCGAAUGUUUUUGCUGCGGAGUCAGCAACUUAUUAAAGAUAAAUACCACUGCGAGAUAUGACAUUUGGAAAAUUUUGCAAUUUUCCGAUGAAAUACUGAAUGUGAAUGGAACGAAGCAUGAUCUGGUACAUUAAUCCCACAGUUGUCAGUACGUGUAUUUUUAAGCACAUGCAGAUGCAGGUUAAAGAUGUCUUUACUUUAUUCUGAUCAAAAUAUCAGAGGAAGAGUCCAACUGAUGCUGCAUUUUGAGGCACAUACCAGUAUCCAUACUUACACAGUAUAUCAGCUGAUAUACUUUUCUUUCUGCAUAAACAUGUCACACAAGCACUUUUGACUGGACCUGCAACAGUAUUUUCAUAUAUUCAUCCUAAAUCUGUUCAUUUUUCUCUGAGGUUUGGUAUGAAUGUGCCAAGUUGGAUUUAACAGCUGCAUAAACAUGAACAUAUCAAAUUGUUGAAUACGACCUGUUCAUGAGGGGGUGCAUGUUAGUGAUAUUUAAUCAUAGUAUAAUCAAUACCUCCAAAUUACAACACAAAGCUACCUCCUCCACUCUGUUUGUGAUCAGUUUCAUUCACAAGAAUGUUCCCUAGGGGUAAAAAGAAAAAGCUUCAAGUCCUGCUGUCGGAAAUCUGCAGCCAAAUACCUAAGUUUAACAGUCAGUGGUGUGGACCUGAAACAGUUAUUUAGAAAGUUCAGUAUUGAUACAGUACUGUGGCUCAGAGCAGCACCUCACUGUGGCAGAAAUAAUGAGGGAAUGCUUUGACAUGAAGCUAGACUCUUAAACACAUCUCUCUUAAACAAACAAUCCAUGAGUAAGAUUUGUGGUGGUUGAGGGUUUGGAGAAAGUUGUGAGGAUAGAGGAGAGAGUCUUAUAAAGUCGGUCGUGUUACUGUCUAAACAAAGGAUGUUACUGGACAAAUACCUACAGAAAGACUUAGGAUGAUUUUCCUAACUAUUACUAACUAACUAACUUCUGUGUUUUAGGUCGUAUUUAGGUUUUUAUUUUUCAUCUCUCAAGUGGAUUUCUGGAACAACCAAAACCAUCUGUACACGUGUAAAUUUCAUUAGUGCACAAGGUCGUAAUUUCUUUUUAAAAUUUCU